UGAGUAGGUAUUAUUCUGGGAAUAAAAACUGAAAAGCAUAAAUAUUAAAAAAUAACAAGGUAGAAUUUCCCUAUCACUCAGAUAACGUUUAACGUUCAUGAGGAUAAUAUUAAGUAUAUAAAUUAUAUAUUAGAUACAUAUUUUUGUUCCUCAUCAUAAAAUUAAGCCAAUUAAAAAAUCUGAUUGAAUAAUUAUCCAUAUUAUGAGCAAACGGCUAUAAUUAGACUGAUAGAGAAAUUCAGUUUCCAUAUUUGUACACAGGUAUAUGUAUUAUGUACAUUGUUAUACUACGUUAGGUAGCUCUUCAUUUGAGUUAUGCUAAAUAUUCCUAAUUAAGUAUCUAUUUUGUUCACGCGAUUUAACGUUUAACAUAACAAUUAUGCUUGAGAUUGUGGCAGAUAUUUUUUUGUAAUAAGUAAUUGAGAUCGUUAAUCACCAUACGUAGUAUUACCGUUCUUAAUACACACAUUAUCAGCGAAUCGAACAUGCAAUAUACUUCUGAAUCAUGAUUCAAUUCCUGAUAUUUGCUGCCAUAGUAACAAGGUGUAUUGCCAUUGAUACGGAACUUAAUGCGUAUGGUAAUAGUUACAGCACAGAGGAUGUAACCGACGGAUUAUUGCUAAAUUAUAAUCGUGAUAUAACAAACAAAUGGAACGUUGACGUGGAUCAUAUAUCACCUCCAAUCAACAUACCAUACUGGGCUAAUAAUAAUGAAAAUAACCAGAAUAAUAUAAAUCCAAGUUAUAUAUUUAACAACUAUGGUUUUAAUGAUAACAGCUACUUAAACGGUGGUUCAAUUCAAUCAGAUAAUAACAUUUUACCACACAGCGAAAUAGUUCCAAGUUUAGCAAAUUAUCCUGGACCGUUGUUUUUUCCGAAAAAGAACAAUAUAUUUCAUAAAGAACAUAGAGUUAAUGAUGCGUUAUUUAAUACACAACGUAAUUUCUAUCACGACCAGAUACAACCAAUCAAAAUAAUAAAUUUACCUAAUAAUAACAACUACCCGAAUCUUGCUGAGAAGACUGAAUUAAGUAAUGGGAAUAUGAGAUCUAACAAUAACGCACAACGAAGUGGUUUUCAAUUUAAAGAUGUGGCAAAUAUUAUAUCUAACAAUAACGCAAAACAAAGUGGUAUACAUUUCAAAGAUGUUGUACAAGAAGUACUUUUAAAAAAGAAAAUUAACGCGAACGUGGAAGAUGAUAUUGAUGAAACUAAUAAUAAUAAUCAACAUCCUUUUAAAACUGGACAAGAGUUACCUGUAAGUAACAGCUAUGCACGUUUUGAAGACAAUAUAAAAUCAAAACCUGUUUCUGAAGAUAUUGAUUAUCGACAAUAUGAUAACAAACGUUUUAAGGAACCAGAAGAUUUGUCCAAACAAGUUUACGUGCCUGAGGUUUUUUAUAAACCUCGUGAAGAAGUAAAAAAUAGUAUAAAAUCAAAAACGCAACAUUCUGUUUCUGAAGACAUUGAUUACCGACAACAUGAUAACAAACGUUUAAAGGAACCUGAAAAUUUGUCCGAAGAAGUUUACGAGCCUACAGUUGUUUAUAAACCUCGUGAAGAAGUAAAAAAUAGUAUAAAAUCAAAAGCGCAACAUUCUGUUUCUAAAGACAUUGACUACCGACAAUAUGAUAACAAACGUUUAAAGGAACCUGAAAAUUUGUCCGAAGUAAUUUAUGUGCCUGCGGUCGUUCACAAACCCCGUGAAGAAGUUGAAAAAAAUAAUUACAACGGGUCGCCCGAUAGUAAUAGAUAUAAAGAUUCUAAAACGCUCGGCAGAGUUGGUCCUAGUACAAAUAAGGAUAGAAAUUUGCUAUCGAAGAAUUACGAUCGCAACCCUUCAAAUUACCCACAACAUGAACGUAGAACCAAUAAUAAUUAUAGAAAUCAGCAACCUCGAAAUAAUGGUUACAGGCAAAAUUUAAAAGGAAAUGUUCCUGAAGCUGAGGACAAUAAUUAUAUUGCAUACCUAAAACGUAUAAUCCAGGUUAUUUUUUCUAAUAAAAAGUACGUUGCCGAUUUUUUAAAGAAUGUGAAUCCAGUUAAAGAAUUGUUUGAACCAAUAUACUAUGAAUUAACAAACAAAGGUUAUGAAAUGAAUAAUGACGCCAAUAUUGCACGACCUGAGAGCAGUUAUAAUCACAAUAAUAAAGAACCAGAAAUUGAUAUAAGAAGUUUAAAUAGGCCGAAAUAUAUGAGAAAUGCUGCAUCUAUAGUAGAUUUACGUGUACAACAACAUCCUGUAUUAGGCAAUGAUGAUGAUGAAAAUAUUUAUAAUGAAAAUAUCGCAUAUACUGUUAAAAGUAACAAUCCGCAGAUACAACGUUUUCAAAGAAAUAUAGCAACAAUAGAUAAUUUAGCAGUACCAUCGGAUUAUACUUUAGAAUAUGGUGGACACAUUGAAAAAAAUCCUGGAAACCUUGAAUAUGGUAUUAAUCCUCCCCAAGAAAGUACGAAACAAGACGAAGAGCCCAAUAAGCCUAAGUUAGAGUAUGGUUCAUUUUAUACUGUCGGCACUUUGAUGCCUGUAAAAAGAGUUCCUCCACCAUAUGUACUUCCUGAGUACAGACGCCAUAACGGAAGUUAUAAUGAUGAAGUACAGUGAUAUAAAGUAUAAUAAAUAAUAAAAUGUAAAUUAAUUUCUAAUGUCACACUAGAUUAUAAUUUUUAUGUAAAAUAUUAUAAAUAAAUGUAUUAAAUAUGUCAA